AUGGCCUCGCACCAGAUGAUGGACCACGAUAUGCCCGGCAUGCCAGGCCAUGGCGGCCACGAUACUGGACCAACGUGCUCCAUGAAUAUGCUGUUCACAUGGGACUACAACAACUUAUGCAUUGUGUUCCGCUGGUGGCAUAUCUCCACCGCAUUCCAGCUUGCCAUUAGCAUGGCAAUUGUGGCCGCUUUAGGAGCAGGAUACGAAUUGCUUCGGUGCCGCAUCAGAAAUCUCGACAAGCGUAACAUAACCGCGACAGCAAACCCGCCCUCGCGCCUCGAACUUGCCAUUGGCUACGGCGCUCAGGUAUUUUACUCUUAUAUGCUCAUGCUGGUGUUUAUGACUUAUAAUGGCUGGAUCAUGAUUGCGGUCAGCCUUGGCGCGAUGCUUGGCUUUUACUACUGGGGGAAUGUCGCUGAAAGACAAAUGAUGUGCCAUUAA